AUGGAAUGUGCUAUGAAAGAUGUUGAAGACAAUUCAUAUUCCAUCAGAGCAGCUACGAAAAAGGGGAAUUCCUGUUUCCGCAAACGCCAUCCAGAUUUGACAAUAAGGACUGCAGAGGGUCUAGACAGGGAUAGAGCAGUAAUGCUACGACCAAGUAUUGUGACGGAUUUUUAUGACAACCUGGAGAAAUUGUACAAUGCUUAUGAAUAUGGACCAACAAAAAUAUGGAAUUAUGAUGAAACGGGUGUGCAAGCAGCAGGUCAUAGCAUUCCAGGAUUUUAUCUUUUCAAGGACAAAAGACAGCUUAAAAACUACAUUGCGAACUGUGAACCGGAAGCAUGUAUGGCUGCACAACCACAUGCGUGGAUGACAAAAGAAUUAUUUUUAAAUUGGCUAUAUCACUUUGCUAGAUCUGUUCUGGGUGGAGUUUCACCCACAAACAGACAUCUCCUUAUAUUUGAUGGUCAUCGAAGCCAUGUUGCUUUGACUACAAUCCAUGAAGCAAAAUCUCUUGGUAUUGAUCUUUUAACAUUGCCUGCCCAUACCAGCGACAAAUUGCAGCCUCUAGAUGUAAGUGUGUUCUCUCCAUUCAAGACACAUUUCAAAACUGAAAGGUCAAAAUGGAUGGCCAAACAUCCACACAUAGAAAUAAGGAGAACUAAAUUGGCAGAACUUGCAAGUAAAGCAUUCUAA